CCUUUUUAGCUUUUUCGUGAACCUACAAUGUCUAACGAGUUUUUUAAACAGCUUCGGCAGAAGGCAGCACUGAUUAACUCUGAAGUUAAUUAUGAUAACGUCUCAGCUAUGCAGAGAAGUCUCAGCCAAAUGGAUCGAGAAUUGGAAGCCAUGCAUAAAAGAAUUCCACCCACACAAGAGUUACAUGCAAAAGCACAUGACUUUUUAGCUAGUAGUGGAAUUGACACUGAUUACGUAUCUAAUCCAAUUAACACCAGUAACAUAUUUGAACGCAGACAACUAGAAGACCAUACCAACAUCAACAAAUUUCUUCAAAGGGAACACGAAUACAUGCUGAUAAAUUCUGUUGAAGAGCAAAGACAAGUGAACAAUGAAGAAUUUGAUGAUUUCUUCAAUUCACAAAUUGCAGAAUUUCUCGAUAUCACAGACAGGGAUCGUAUGGAAGAAGACGAAAACGUCGCAGACUAUAAAAUUUUUGAAACAGAUAAUGUUAGCACAGGCGCCAAUAGAAUUUCUGAGUAUGCCAACGUCAUUAAAACUUUGAACGCUAAUCGUUUAGUCAAUAACGAUUUUGACUUAUUAACUAACCUCGCCAAUAUCCGUAACCUGUCUGAUUUGAAGAAAUCCCAAGAUGGUGCAAAUGAAUCAUGGAGUAUACUAAGUCAUCUAAUUAAUAAAUCAGGCGUAGAAGAUCGCUUAGAAGGCAGAUUUCUUCAUGACUAUACUACUCAGCCUAACGACAGUACAAGCGCAACAAACACUCGUCGUAGAUUAAUUAAAGCAUCCAAAUCAUGGCUAGAGCAACAAUCUGCUCAAUAUAUGAAUGAUUAUCUAAACAAGAAUGCUACCAAGGUGAAGGCAGGUGGUAAUCCUGCUGUCACACAUCGUUUACGAGCAUUUGUGGAACUUGUAUUUAAAACAACAUCCGGUUGGACCGAUGAUCGAUUUGAAAUUGUUGAUGGUUUCCCAGUUUGGGUUUUUAUCUAUAUCUUGAUACGUUGUGGUCAUUUAGAUAUUGCUGCUAAAUAUGUUGAGUCUAACGCUGAAAAAUUUGCGUCGGAAAGAAGAUUUGUCGAAUAUUUUAAAGAAUAUAUUAAAGCUGAUCAUCAUUGCGUUUCAAAGGAUACUCAAGAGUCCAUUUUGGCAGAUUAUCACAAGUUUGGAUAUGGAUCAACAAAGGUGGAUCCAUACAAAUUAAUAAUUUAUAAAAUCAUUGGCCGAUGUGAAUUACAUAAGAAGAGCUUCCCUGAUGUCAUUAAAACCACCGAAGAUUACAUCUGGCUUCAGUUAAUGUUGGUGAGAGAAGUGACAGCCACAGAAAAAAACCAUUUUGAACGCUAUCGACUUUGCGACCUCCAAAAAGAAAUUACCAAUCUCGGUAACGAAUACUUCGACCGUCAUGAACCCAACCCAUACAUUUUUUUCAAGAUUCUAUUAUUAACACAUCAAUUUGAAGAAUCCAUUGACCAUCUUCAUAAGCAAAGAAGACUUCGUCUUGAAGCCGUUCACUUUGCUAUUCCCUUAUUCUAUUGCGGGUUAUUGAAGGUUCCUCCAAUGGACAAGACCCAAACCAAUCAAAUGUUGAUCACUCUCGAAAAUAACGUCAAAACCUUAAAUUUCCCUCGCUUAAUAUAUCAAUACGUCAAGGUUUAUCUUUUAGAACGCCCAAAGGAGGCGCUUCAGUAUUUAGCUCUUCUCUCGUUAUAUUCACCUAAAAAAGGAUAUCCGAAUAAUGACAUGGUAAACCUUGCCAGAACAUAUGUCUGUAAAUUCACAGCAGAAAGCAAAGACUUCAAGAAUAUCCUUGGAUCAAGUGGACAAGAAAGAGCCUCUGGUUUUGCUGAUGAAUUGAAGGAUUUGUUAGACAUUUCGUCAGAAAAUGAAUUUAAUGCAAAGAUUAUUGAGCCUAUUGCUGAAAAAUGGGCUCAAACGGGUCGAUGUAUUGACGCUGUUUAUGCUUAUAGCUUAUCAAGAGACUAUACAAUGAUGGUAGAUAUAUUAGCGAAAGAAUUAAGUGACGCCUUACAAAAGCCUCAGUCAUACAGAAUCACUGACCCCAAGCUUUCACAACUGUCCAAUAAGGAAAUUAUUGAUUUCUCUAUUAAAACGAUGAACCAAUACGAAAGUAAUGAAUACAUCAGCUCACUUAUUGAUGACACUCGAAAAGCAACUAUUCGUACCCUAAUCCAGGCACUCUUGUUCCGUGUUGCUUAUGAAGAAGGAAGAUACGAAACAGCACUUCAACAUAUACAACAAGCCGAUAUAAUUCCUUUGGAGGGAGACUCUAAUCAACUUCAAUUGUAUGCAUACAGAUUUUCAGGCUUGGAUGAGAACGUCAAGAAGAAUAUACCAGAACUUUUGUUGAAUGUCAUGGACAUCUUAUACAAAGCAUGGGUAACAAAACAUUCAAAUAUUGUGUCCACACGGUCACGUACACUGUUAACCUUUGCCGGGCUCAUUUGUUUUGCAAUCCCUACUGAUAUUAUCGUGAGACUAAAUAAGGCCGACACAUUAAUGUCUUCGCAAUAGUUAUGAAACAAAUAAAAAACACCAAUCAAUGUAAAAUUACAGCUAUUUUUUAUUUA